AUGCCGCAACGAAAGGUACUUAUUUGUACUGAACUCCUACUCUAUUUGCACGUAUUCUUUCAAAUUGAUGCAGUAUGGAAACCGUUAGGAGAGCCCUACGAAGGACCUUUACAAGUUAUUUCGCGUCAUGAAAAGUUCUUCAAGAUUGAUCGAAAUUGUCGCGUCAAUACAACUGACAUCAAACGCUUCAAGGCAGCAUAUGUCGACGAUGGCAUCAUGCACACCAUUUCCAGACUUGAUGUUAUUCCUGCACUGCUGACAAUUGAGGCAUCCACUUCAGAGUUGAGCUCGCAGAUGGCAGUACCUGAUAUGAUUUCGAAUGAGGCAACUGUCUCACGUUCAAAUAAGAAGUGUACUAGCACCUUAUCAGACCACGACUAG